AGCAGCAUUGUUUACAUUCGUGAUUCGUUGCUUUCAGAAUCCCUUUAUCUGGCUUAUCAGUGUCGUACGGCAAAGAUUACGGCUUAACCAGUCACGUUGUCAGCGAGAUGGCCCUUUCGAUCUUCAAAGACUUGCCCGCGGAGCAUCCGCGCCACCUGAUUCCAUCGCUAUGCAGGCAGUUCUACCAUUUGGGAUGGGUUACCGGAACAGGAGGUGGAAUGAGCAUUAAAUACAACGAUGAGAUCUACAUAGCACCAUCGGGCGUCCAGAAGGAGCGAAUGCAACCCGAGGAUCUGUUUGUGCAGGACAUAACCGGCAAAGAUCUACAGCUGCCGCCGGAGAUCAAGGGAUUAAAGAAGAGCCAGUGCACGCCACUAUUCAUGUUGGCAUACCAGCACCGCCAGGCGGGAGCCGUUAUUCAUACUCACUCCCAGCACGCUGUAAUGGCAACGCUUCUGUGGCCAGGGAAAACCUUCCGCUGCACCCAUUUGGAGAUGAUCAAGGGUGUGUACGAUGAGGCGGAUAAGCGAUAUUUGCGCUACGAUGAAGAGCUGGUGGUUCCAAUCAUCGAGAACACUCCAUUCGAACGCGACUUGGCAGAUAGCAUGUAUGCCGCCAUGAUGGAGUAUCCCGGCUGCAGUGCUAUUUUGGUCCGUCGACACGGCGUUUACGUUUGGGGACAGAACUGGGAGAAGGCAAAAACCAUGUCGGAAUGCUAUGACUAUCUCUUUUCUAUUGCUGUGGAAAUGAAAAAAGCCGGAAUCGAUCCAGAGAAGUUCGAGAGCUCAUAAGGAAAUAAAGCUGAUAAAAAUACACACGCCAAUCGCUUGUUAACACUGCAUAAGCCUUUUAAUGCAUUUACUAUAAGAAAUGUAAUUGUCAAAGCAAAAUAAAAGUUCCCUUUUGUUGGUCCAAUAUAAAACAAGUUUGUAAAAACUUAAAUUGUUCAAUGUCAGAGUUUAAACAAUUAAAAAUAAGAAUUCGUUAACGAAUUUUGUAAUUACUUUAAUUGCGUAAACAAUGGGUUAAUAAUGUUUCUUGAAUGAGCUCAUGAGGUGGCAUAUUGUUCCCUAAUAAUCUCAAGACUCUUGAAGCCUUAUCGCCAUUUUAUGGACAUUUCAAACUGAGUGCGCACUUUGCACUAAAACUUGAACCAAGGAGCGUGGUAACAGCCAUGGACAACAGCUGAUAACAGCUGUUACGGGUCCAUGUUAGCUUCCCAUGUUAAUGUUAAAGUCUAAACUCCAUACAAGUUACCGUGGUUUUGUAGAUUGCAAAGUAUAAGCUAGUUUUGAUCUUAUCUGUUGAAAAAAUUGUUUUAAGCAGCUGGUUAACAGUUUCGUGAGAGUGAGAGAACCCAAUAAUAGCACACACUAACAACGUUAAGCACCGCAAAUGUAAACGCAACAAGUGCGAGCGAGUGAGGUCUAUCUCGACCGGCUCUUCGCUGUACCGCCAUCUCGCUCCCACGCGGCAGGGGGAGUAAAGUGAAAAAAAGCGACAAUAAAAUCACCGAUUGCACGCUGCCUGCUCAUUAUUUCGCGUUCUUCGCUCAAAGC